UUGCGUGCGGUAGUUUUCUUCCUUCAGUCUUGCUUGGCUGGCUUGGUGAAGUGAAGUGUUGUUAUUUCUCCGUAAAGUCUCAACUUUUCAUUAUUUUGUGCUAUUUAAAUAACACGCAAAGUCAUUUCAAGAGUAUAAUUGUCAAAAAAUGGCAAACCGAAGACCCCAAAACGGUAAUGGGCGUCGCAUGGACUUCCAACGCAAUGACCGCGGCAAGAACUUCGGGCGCAGUGGAGUAUCUCCGUGGCAGGGCGGCGGCCCUGGGGGUGGCCUUCCUAACCUGCUCCCUCUGUCCGGGGGCUCCACCGAGGCGACCCUCGCUUUAGCCAGCAACAUCAUCAACUUGCUCCAGCCGCGCCAGAACCCUGUCCCUUCACUCCUCGACAUGCCAAUUAGAAGGGACUUUGGUCCCAACAUGGGUCGGUAUGACCGUGGUUAUGGGCCCAACAGAAUGGGCAAUCAAGGUAAUUUCCGGCGUACGGGAACUUACAAUCGCUCCGGUGAGCGUAUCAACAACAAUCGUAAACCAUAUAGGCCCAAUGAUGGUCAGAGGCAACAAAACAAGAGCUCCCCGAAAAAGGAGGCCGAUUCAAAGGCUAAACCUGUCAAGGAGAGUGAAACCAAUGAGGGCACAGAAGGAGAGGCUCAAGACCAGCAAGAUAAGGACAAGGAUGAGGAAGUGAAGAAGGAGGCUCCCAAGACGAGAUACGAUGAUAUCAACCCUCAGCUGCUGAAGUGUCACAUCUGCAACAAGAGCAUGUGGGACGGCAGGUCCUUUGAGAACCAUCUGAGUGGCAGAGCCCAUGCCAUCAUGAUGACGAAGACUGCUGAGAGCUAUGCGCUUACUGCUGACACCAUGAGGCAGGAAUUCAAGAUCCGCGAGAUGAAACGCACCCGCAAGGCAGGGCAGCAGCCCGCGCGCGACUUCUACUGCGCGAUGUGCGAUAUGUACGCGGCGGACGGCGCCAUCCACCGCACCACCGUCGGCCAUCGCAAGCUCAAGAAGUACCUCCACCCCACCUGCACGUCCUGCCACAAGGAAAUGCCCACCAGGAUCGAGCUGGACGAACACAGGCUGACUGCUGAGCAUCUCAAGAACAUGCAGGAUAAGCAGGAGAUUAUCACCAAGCCCAAGCCUGAAGUGAUGGUGAUAUCAACGUUGAACAUGGAGCAGUUGUACCUGCGCGAGGAUCGGCAGCGCCGCCGCCGGAACGAUGACAAAAAGGAUGAUGAUAAAGAUGCUGAUGAUGCCGAGGUUAAGGAAGAGAAGACUGAUAACCAGGAGGAUGCCAUCAAGAAAGAGAAAGACAAUGCUGAUAUCAAGCCUGAUGUCGAGCCCAAGAAGCUAGACUCGAUCGAUUCAGAGAACACCGUGCUAGACUACAAUGAGGGCGAUGACGUCAGCAAGCUCACGCAAGACAUGUUCCCGGCUUACAGUACGGAGCGCGGCGUGGGGCAGUCGUUCCUGUCGGAGUUCCGCUGCGUGCAGUGCCGCCUGUGCCGCAAGCUGCUGGACUGCCCCGCCACGGCGCAGGUGCACCUGCGCACCUGGCGACACCACCAGCUGUUCACGCGCCUGCUGGCCGAGAAGAGCGGCACGCAACUCCCACACCCGGAUAGUGGGAAACUGUUCCUACAGAAUUCCGACAGCGGCAAGAGGCCACUUAAUGCUGAGGACUCGAGCGAGGCCAAGCGUCGCAAGAUCGAUGACGCGCAGGAAGCCGAACAGAAUGGCCAUGAGGAAGGCAAGGAAGAACCACUAGACUCUGCGGCCGAGGAUGCCAUCCUGGCUAAGGAUGAUGACGUCGAGAUGAGCGCGGCUGAUGAGCUGGACAACUGGGAGCAGACCGUCGAUGAGAUCCUCGAUGAUGAGAAGGCUGCCGAUGAAGCUGAACAGAAGAAAACAGAAGAAGCAGCAAAGGCUGCGGAAGAAGAGAAGUCUAAAGCCGCUGAACCAGUGCAGCCAGCCAAGCCGCAGGAGCCUGAGAAGCCAAAGACGCCCACACCGACCGUCGUGGCUGGCGUCGACGACAAGCCGCGGAACUCGCCGCGCGGGAGAGGCAGGCCUCGCGCUAGAGGCCGCGGCCGGUACUAGGCAGAACCUCACGUAAUGUGUGUUGACUUAACAUUAUACCCAGAUCUCAUUGAACUAUGUCAGUCAAAACCUCUGCUCCAGAUACCAGAGGCGUUCUGCAAAAACAAAAAUCACAAUUCAUUGUUUUUGUAAAUUGUGGUAUAAGGUCAAAUGAGUGGUUAGCAAGUCUUGCCUUAAGUUGCUGAUAUCAUGACUACCAGGCAGGGUACUAUUGGUUGUGUAUAUGGGACUAACAUUUUUAUAAUAUGUUUGUCGAACCAUCUGAGACAAAGUUAUUACAAAGUAACGUUGAAUUGAUAGAGCAAGGCAUAAUGUUUAGUCAAACAACUAAGGAUUAUUUAUUUAUAUCGCUUAUUUUACGAGGCGUCUACCUGUGCAGGUAGCUUCAAGAAAUAUACUUUCUUUUAGUUAUAGUAAGAUUGCUAUAACCUUUCAUGUGACUUGAAUAUUAUUAUCUAGAAAACGGUAUUUAAAAUAAUUUUAUCAUUAUAGAAAUUAGCAAUCGAUUUUAAUAUGUAUCUCUCAACGUAAUUCAUUUUAUUGGUCUUUUGAAACUCAUACAUUAAUAAAUUACAUGGAAAAACUCCAUUUUAAUAAACAAUAAUGUGAUUGAAAUGUUUCUGUACACAGCAGUGUAUAAUUUUUAUUUAUUUUAAGUCUUUAUGUAGCCAACUGUACCAACAUGUAUUAUUAUCAUGUAAGGCCCAAUCUACUUAGCUAGCAAUAGGGACUAGGCUUAUCACAUUGAGAUUAUUACUAACAGGUUAAAGUCAACAAGACAAAACACUCAGCCACAGAUAACAAACACAAUAUUAUGAUUGUCACUUGUAUGCAAAGUUGUGUUAAAUCAAAAUGUGAUGAAUGAAACAGUUAGCUGUUUCGGAGACCCCUUAAUAUAUUUAUGUAAUUUAGGCCCCGUAUCAAUAGUUUAUCAAUUUAACCCUAUGUUAAAAUGGUGACAAUAUCAUCAGUCUCUUUACUAGAAAUUAAUAUACAUUGUUGGUCUUCCAAUCAAAUAACGUUACUCACACUUUUUACUUUGGACUACUGUAUAGACUUUAAUUAUUCAAAAUGUUAUAGUAGUAGACAAUAUUAGGAUUUUUGAACACAGAAAUUAAUUGUCACAUUCAUUUAGUGCAAUGAUCCUGGUUGGCCAAAACACUAAUUAGGGCCCUUCAGUAAUAAGAGGUUUUAAGUUAAGGGUCAAAUAUGUUCAAUAAUUUAUGGGUUUUUUAUGAAGCUAAUUAUUGAUUAGAUAGGAUUCAUCUUAGAGAAUUUAUACUACCAUUUAAUUCUUUCAUACUUGGCUUACUAUAUAAUCUUAAAGCUACUAGUAAUAGUUGUAAAAUUUAAGAAUUUCUUACUAUCCUGAAUAUUGUGAAAUUAGAAGUAAGUGGCCUUUAUUUAGUUCAUUUCAGUUGAGUGGCUCCAAAGUGCAUACUUGUGUAUGUUCUUUUACAAUCUUAUUAAUUGCUUUGUGCAUUUAACUGCACAAUUACCUUAGAGUAUAGUUUAAAUUUAUAACUACUUGAAGCACACUAGGGCUAAUAUAAUCAAGACUUGAUGUAUCUCAAAAUUCUUAGUCGUAAGUUUUUUACACAUUGGCUGUUGAAAAUGCAUAUUAUCAAUUUGUAAUGACUUAUUUGUAGCGACUUUCAACUAUAAAAUGUGUGAUAAUUAUUGUAUUAGACUAUUUAGUUUUUUAGGGAAAUUGUAGUAUGCUUUGUCAAUUUAUUAAAUAUCUUUCAGUUAAGUAAUUAGAGAUUACUUUUCUGCGUAAUGUGGGAAUCAUGCGGUUGAUUAGAGUUUGGGAUUCCUACAUAGAAAUAUGUAACAUUGAUGAUAUGUAAUGUGUUAUUUCAAUAAAAGCAAUCAUUUUGAUA